AUGUGCGGAGGAGCUGUAAUUGCCGAUUACAUUGCGCCGUCGUGGCCCGAGCAGGAGAAGAUCCGGAGAAAUGGGAAAUCUUCCUGGAGACGCAAUGACGUCGCUGACUUGACACUCGACGAUUACGAGGGAGAUUUACACGAUUUCGAUGAAUUCGAAUCGGAAAAUGACGAAACCGGCCGAUUUACUCCGGCCACGCCGUUGCUCUUCUCUUCGACUCGCAAACCUACCGGAUCAAAUCGGAGUAGAAUUGCAGAAGAUGCGAAAAUGAAGAAGAAGAGUAUAAGUCGGUACAGAGGAAUUAGGAGACGUCCCUGGGGAAAAUGGGCGGCUGAGAUUCGAGAUCCGAUCAAAGGAGUUCGAGUUUGGCUCGGGACUUUCAACACUGCAGAAGAUGCAGCAAGAGCUUAUGAUAUCGAAGCUAAGAGAAUCAGAGGAGCUAAAGCCAAGCUCAAUUUCCCAAACGAAACUUUAACAUCAUCUUCUAAAAAGCGUAAAGCAUCACCACCACCACAGCAGAGAGAAGUAGAGAAGACGGAGACUGAUUUUGGAUUUGAAUUUGCUAAUACCUCAGUAGCGCCUAGUAGUAGCUGUCUUGAUUUCCUCUGGGAGGAAAAUAAUAAUGCGGAGACGCUUCAGGUCGAUACGCAAUGGCUCGAAGAUGCCAUAUCCGGCGGCGAUGAGAAGAAGAAACAGAAGGUUUCUGAUGGUGAAGGCAACGUGAGUGGUCAGCUUUCGGAGGAGCUUUUAGCAUUCGAGAACCAGACGGAAUGUUGUUUCUUCGACAUGCCGGUUAUGGAAGGGAGAAACUGUGGUUCAACGACGUCUCUGAGCAGUCUCCUUUAUGGAGGCAGCAGUGUCAUGGAUCUUUGGUCCUGA